CCCGCACCAGGGAGGGGACAGUUAGAGGUUCGUUGGGUAAGGAGUAGGGCGUAUAUAGGUUGCCUGUUCAGAGCGGAAGUGGUUUUAAAGGAUCUAGUUCUGAAAGCGUAAGAGGAAAUGGCCCGUACCAAGCAGACUGCCCGUAAAUCCACUGGUGGCAAAGCUCCACGUAAACAGCUGGCUACCAAAGCUGCUAGGAAAAGUGCUCCCUCUACUGGUGGAGUCAAGAAACCUCAUCGCUACAGGCCUGGUACUGUGGCACUGCGAGAGAUUCGUCGUUAUCAAAAGUCCACAGAACUUUUGAUUCGUAAGCUUCCAUUCCAGAGGCUGGUAAGGGAGAUUGCCCAAGACUUUAAGACAGACUUGAGGUUCCAGAGUGCAGCCAUUGGUGCACUGCAGGAGGCUAGUGAAGCAUAUCUGGUGGGUCUCUUUGAAGACACAAACCUGUGUGCCAUCCAUGCCAAGAGAGUCACCAUCAUGCCCAAAGACAUCCAGUUGGCUCGUAGGAUACGGGGGGAGAGGGCUUAAGAGGAGGCAGUUUUUAUGGUGUUUUGUAGUAAAUUCUGUAAAAUACUUUGGUUUUGUGACUUUUUUGUAUGGAAAUGUUUAUAAUAUGUUACAUUUGUACUUAAGUCAUUCCAUCUUUCACUCAGGAUGAAUGCUAAAAAUGACUGUUCACAUAAAAACUCAGUGAUGUGAGCCUUGUUGCUCAACAGUGACAAGUUGCUAAUAUGCAGAAGGGAUGGGUGAUCUUUCUUGCUUUUCAUGCAUGUUUCUGUAUGUUAAUGACUUGUUGGGUAGCUAAAAUUGUAAGGUACUAGAAUUGAUAUAAGUGUGUACAGGGUCUUUUUGCAAUAAAACUGGUUAUAACUUGAUCCAAGUGUUUAACAAUUGGGGCUGUUAAGUCUGACCAUACAUCACUGUGAUAGAACGUGGACUUUCAAAAGGGUAAAACUACAAGUCUUAACCACAGUGUAACUUACAGUUUCCUAAAAACGUAAACCUGGCAGCUAUAGAAUACACUAUGUGCAUUUAUAAUAGCUAUUUUAUAUAUUGUAGUGUCAACAUUUUUAAAUUAAAUGUUUUACAUUCACCGAAAGAGUCUUGUCAUUGUUGUAGGGAAGGUAGUAUUGCCUUACACUAUCCCUGCUGAAAUCAAGUUAAGCCUGUUUCUUGCUUGGUGUACAACCCUGAUUACAGCAAGCUACCGUAGUUAUGUAAUUGCUUGCUAAGUUUGGAAAAUAGGUUUGCCGUUUUUUCACUUCUAACUUACUCAACCAGACCAUGGUCAAAUGGUAUUUCUAGGCCUAAUUGGGCGACAAAAGUAGAUGAAACUUGGCAUAGGCCUGACAUCCUAGCCUUGCUGCCUUUAAAUACAGGCUUCUUCAGGCACCCUGCUUGUUUUGAACCAGCUUGAGUGUUCUUGCAUUGUUUAUUUUGAAAUGGUGAACACGCUGCCUACUGGCCAGAGUUAAAACAACUUACACUAUAAUUAAAACAGACAAUCAGGUUGUGGAAAUAUUUCUCAUCCAGGUUGCUAGUCAUAGCACCUGGCAGCAGAUAAAAAGUUAAUCAAGGAUUUUUUGGGGGGGAGAUACAUGAGUGUAUAUACAAAGUGUUCUGCAGAUUCUUAUUUCUGGUUUCUUUAAGCAAUGUAAGCAGAAAACUAGUAAACUGAAAAACUGAACUGUCUUGUCAUACAGCAAGUUAUGCUUGAGUCAUUACAUUGAAUUUGUCUUUUUUUUAAUGUAGAAGCUUUGAUUAAUACAAAUAUACAAAUC